AUGGUUCCUAGAGAGACCAGCAGAGAGCUGUUGAACGAGAAUAAUAAACAAAAUCCAAAAAUGGCGAUGAACUAUGUAUCGGGUCUGAUAAAUAAAGUCAAAAACUUAGGCAUGACUGAGAGCACAGAAAUCAAUGUGCUUCUUUUGGGAGAAACGGGAGUUGGUAAAUCAACAUUCAUCAACUCUGUUGCCAAUUAUUUGACCUAUGAAGAUCUAGAAGAUGCAGAAAAAGAGAAAUUACUCGUUCUCAUUCCUACAGCAUUCACCAUGUUGGAUAUAGAUGGAAAGUCUCACACCAUCAACACUGGAGAUUCAGAUAAAAACGAAUUUUUAAGCGUUGGUGCCUCAGCUACCCAAGACGUCAAAACAUACGUUUUCCCCAUAAAGGACGGUAAAGCGAAAUUAAGAUUGAUAGAUACACCUGGAAUGGGAGAUACCAGGGGUAUUGAACAAGAUCAUGAAAAUUCGGAAAAUAUCCUAACUUACAUUGGCCAACUACGUGAGCUGCACGCAAUCUGUUUUCUAUUCAAACCCAACCAGUCGAGAAAUACAGUGUUUUUCAAAUAUUGCAUGGCUCAAAUUUUAUCCCGCUUAGACAAAUCGGCAAGCAGGAAUAUUAUAUUCGUAUUCACCAAUACAAGAGGCUCUGAUUAUGGACCAGGUGAAACGAUCAGUCUGCUCAAGAAAGAAAUUGAAUUGAUCAAGAAAAAUCCUCCACACGCUGAGAUACCCAUCGAGAGGAAUAUCUUCUGUUUUGAUAACGAAGCUUUCAAAUAUCUAGCAGCUGUGAAACAUGGUUUGCAAUUCAAAACUUCAAUCAGAGAACGUAAUUUAGAGAGCUGGUGGAAUUCUGUGGAACAGUGUUAUAAGAUUAUCGACUACAUAGUUGGUGACGCUAACAAUCCUGCAUUAGAACCACAUCAUGUCCAAAGCACCAAUGCAAUAAAUGAGGCUAGGAGAAUGAUCAACCAACUGGCACAACCUCUGGCCGAAAUAUCCCAAAAUAUCAGUCAGAAUAUGCAUGAGCUAAGGAAGCAUGAGGCAAUUCUCAAAAUGGAUCACGACUCAUUGGACGAAUUCAGGAAUAAACUGUACAUACCGACUAUAGCAUUGAUACUCGUCGAAAUGGACAAGCCAGCAACAGUUUGCACUGAUACCAAAUGUGCUGAAGUUCAUCAGAAAAAUGGAAGGAAUAUUUGGCACUAUAAACAGAGGUGCCAUGACCCGUGUUAUUUGAGCAAUGUUACAAGAGAAACGAUUGGUGCUCCAGAACUGAUGAAUUGCGCUGCCAUGAGCGGAUCGAAUGAAUGCAAAGAAUGCGGGUGCGAUUAUAGAGUACACCAACACAUUUACUACACGACCGAAGUGAAGGACAUCCAAGAAGUCGAUCAUAAUGUUGAGAAAAAUAUCAACGACAAGACGAAAAUGGUAGAGGAAGCGGAAAAACUCAUUAAAAGCAUCACAACCAAAAAAGAAGAAUUGGACACUGAGCACCACAUCAUUGUCACUACCUGUGCCAGAUUUGCUCAUUUUUUGCAAAGCAAUGCGAUCACACCAUUUAAUGAUUCUUAUAAAGAAUAUAUUGAGUAUCUCAUUAAUAGGGAACAAUCGAUGGGUAAAUUUUGUGACACGGUGACUGUUGAAAAUCUGCGAAAACUUCUAAGGGAAUACCUGGAAACAAAAAAAGCAUUCGACGAAGCACUAAAGUUAGGCCCCUCUGGCAGCGCAGUCACUCCUAGAGAAAUCAAUGCUAGCAUCCAGGAAUUAUUCAAGCUUAAACACAACGGCAAAAACAUCAAGGAUUUGUACGAGUGUCAGAAAAAGUCCAGGGCCAAAGAGUUUAGUAACACGGAAUACUUUCACGAUAUAGUUCUCAGGAAAUGGAAAGAGAAGAUGGAGAAAAAUAAUGAUAAGAAGGGGCAAGAUAAGAAAGCUGCAAAGAAAAAUAACAAGAGAAGGAAUGCUAAGCAGCAAUUCGACAAAAAUACACGUCAAGGUGUGGGACUCAAAAAAUCAGAUCAAAUCACAGGUCCAGGUAUAUUUGAGGGUGCCAAACAAGGAUCAGUACUACUGAUGGAUGGUCCACCGCCUUAUCAGAGAUACCAGUACGCAGAGUCACAAGGUCAUUAUGCCUCUUACGGACGCCGUUCACCUAGAGUUCAAAUUGUGCCCUUAGAUCCAUAUGUCCCGGAACAUAGAAAACACAACGAACCCGAAGAGGACGAGGACGACAACGAUGAGGACGAGGAUGAGAUAGAGGAUGAGGAAUCCUCUGACGAUACGAACAAAACUAUCGACGAACCCAUCAAAUCCCAUCCUUCCCGAAGCCCUUACUUCUCGCAGCCCGGGAACCCCUACUACCCUCCAUAUUACCCCCAUCGCUCCGAAGCAUAUGGUGAGCCCCCAUCGACGAAUGCACACAUGAAUGUCAACAAAGCCGACGAAUCCGUCAAACCUCCUCCUUCCCGAGACCCCUACUAUCUACCCCACGCAAACCCAUACUACCCUCCCCAUGCAAACCCCUACUAUCCCCCAUACUUCCCUCCGCGCCCCGAAAUAUAUGACGAACCCCCAUCAGCGAAUGGAAACAUCAAUGUAAACAAACCGGAUGGAUCUGCCAAACCUCAUCCUCCUCGUGACCCUUAUUACUACCCACCCCACGCGAACCCCUACUACAGUCCCUAUGCGAACCCCUACUACCCACCAUAUUACCCUCCCCGUCUUGGAAUGAACGGCGAGCACUACCCACCCCAUGCUGAACCCAUCUACGCGGCUGUCUACCCCCCAUAUCACCCUCUUGGUAACGAAAGGUACCGUGAAGUCUCUGUGAAUGGUAACAAGGAACACGUCAAGACUGUCAACAAACCCGACGAAUCCAUUAAACCCGGUGAUUUUCUUCGGGACCCCUACUACCCGUCCAAUGCGAAUCCCUACUACCCGCCUCACUACUCAUAUUAUCCCCUUGGCCCUGAAAGGUACGGCGAGGUUCCAGUGAAUAGAAAUAAUGAACUCGUCAACAAACCUGACGAUCUCGACGAACUCGUCAAAGUUCUCAACACGCCUUACAAACUCGCCAAAUCUGUAAGCGAACCUGACCAACUCGUCAAAUCUAUCAGCGAACCUAACGAACUCGUCAAAUCUGUUAACAAUGUAGACGAACUCAACAAAACUGACGAACGCGUCAAAACUGUCAAAAAACCUGACGAACUCGUCAAAACGGUCAGCGAACCUGACGAACUCGUCAAAACGGUCAGCGAACCUGACGAACUCGUCAAAACGGUCAACAAACCCGACGAACUCGUCAAAACUGUCAGCGAACCUGGCGAACCCGUUGAAACUGUCAACACACCUGACGAUCUUGUUAAAGCUGUCAACAAACCCGACGAACUCGUCAAUACUGUCAGCGAACCUGACGAA